UCUGCCGCGGCGCGACGCCGUAUGUUCGUCGGGCUGCGCUACAUGGAGCGAAGAUAGGCCGGCCGCCGCCGGCGAGUCGCUGCGUUGUUAUCAGUGUGGCUAGACGAGGCAAAUGCGCUGUCGUGAAACACAUGACAAAAAAAAAUACUUUAACGACAAUUAUUAUCGCUUUUGAAUUACGGAACACUCUAAAAACGCGUAAAAUUUUGUUUCGAAAUGAUUUCUAGUCUUUUUUAUGUGUUUGGGACAUUCAUGUGCCGAUGUAGUUUAAUGAAAGCGGCGAUGCUAUGCGUUGUGGCAACACUGGGCGGGUAAACAACUUUCGGCUCCUCGAACACCGCGGCUCUGUUCUGUGGCUCAACGCGCGCGCGGCCGAAGCAAGCAGACCCUAAAGUAGCACACGUGAACUUGCCUAACCAUGGCUCUUAUUCGGAGCCUCCUCCUUCAGAAGAAGAAAUUAUUGUUAAUGAAGUUAAUAGAACUUCAAAGAAAAAAAAGGCAGCGUAAACACUGGGUGCACCAGGUAUGGCAACAGAGAAAAAAAGAAGGAGAGUACCACACCGCGUUCCAAGUCAUGAAAAAGGACGCAGACCCCACCAUGUUUUUCAGAUACUAUAGAAUGACACCACCCAAGUUCAACGAACUGCACGAACUGGUGAAAAGCGACUUGGUGAAGUCGUUCUUGUGUCGCGAACCUUUGUGUUCUGAAGAAAGGCUGGCCAUCACCCUCAGGUACCUCUCCUCAGGGAGUGCAAUCAAGCAGAUUGCAAUGAAUUUCAGAGUUGCGCCAUCAACAUGUCGUGUCGUCAUUCACCACACCUGCAAAGUUCUCUGGCGGCACUUACAGUCGCUGUACCUACCUGAGCCAGGACUUGCCCAAUGGCAAAACAUCGCUGAGAAAUUCAGCAGGCGCUGGAAUUUCCCCAAUUGCAUCGGGGCAGUCGAUGGCAAGCACAUCCAAAUUAAGGCGCCACCAAACUCUGGCAGCAAAUAUUUUAACUACAAGGGCACAUUCUCUAUCGUGUUGAUGGCGAUUGUUGACGCCAGCUACCGCUUCAUCAUGGUCGACGUUGGGGCUGCAGGCCGGCACAGUGACGGGGGUGUGUUCAAGGCAAGUUCAUUCGGAAGGCAGCUUGGAAAUGAAGACCUGAACCUCCCAGUACCAGCACGUCUCCCAAACAGCAACAACGUUGCACCUCACGUGUUUGUUGGGGACGAGGCAUUCCAGCUUCGACCUGAUUUCCUGCGCCCGUACCCAGGAAAACACCUGACGCCGACCCAGAGGGUCUUCAACUACAGGCUGAGCAGAGCAAGGCGCAUCGUCGAAAAUGCUUUUGGCAUUCUGGCUGCACGAUGGCGAGUUCUACUUGGCCGCAUCAACCUACUGCCCGACAAUGCAACUUAUGUUGUCCUGGCGUGCUGUGUGCUCCACAACUUUCUGUGUGCGGCAAGUGAGGCAACGUACUGUCCGCCAGGCUAUGCAGAUGUGGAGGACGACUAUGGCAACAUUGUUCCAGCUCAAUGGAGGACUGAAAUCCAGAGGAGAGACUUGCUUGACUUGGAAGCAACACCGUCAAGGAACUAUAGUGCGAGUGCUGCGGCAACAAGAAACAUGUUCGCGCAGUACUUCAUGAAUGAAGGUGCUGUGACGUGGCAGUGGGCGCAUACUGGCCUCCCACCACCUCAAAAAACUUAG